CUGGCUGGGCUCCGGAAAGCUAGUCCGGAGCGGAGGAAUCUAUUGUUAUUUAUUGUGUGGCGGUUGCAUGCUGUACUCGCGGCGGCCCGGCCCUCGCCCGGGAGUGCGUGUGUGUGCGCGCGUGUGUGCGCGAGUGAGUGUGUGCGCGGGGGUGCGCGCGCGGGCGGGAGUGGGCGCGCGCGGGGAAAGGCCCGAAAACACCUUAGUUUGCACCGAGAGACCAUUUGCAGCGGAACCCGAAAGUUUGCAAGAAGAAGAUAGCGCGCGGCGAGCAAGCAGGCAAGGGGCAGCGGCUGCGGCGCCGGGGACCAUGGUGCUGCCGGCGCCUCCUCCGCGGGCGUGAAGGCGGCACUCCCACUCCCUCCCCGGACUCCGCGGUGUCCCAGGAGCUUUUGCUGACAAUUCCAGUUUCCGAACGAAACAUUUGGGCAAUGGUGAGGGCUUCAAUCCCUUGUCUGAUUUGCUGUCAACCAUGAACAGACGGAUGUGAUGCCUGCUGGCCAAAAGGUGUCUCUCUGUGUGUUGCAGUCCUGUGGCAUUAUGCAUGCCCCCAACCAGUGACCUCCAGACUUUUUAUGGCUGUGAGACACGUUAAAAGUUCAGGGGUAAGAAGUGACCUUUUGAGGUGACUAUAACAGAAGAUUGCUUUACAGAAGCCAAAAAAGGUUUUUGAGUCAUGAUGCAAGAAUCUGGGACUGAGACGAAAAGUAACGGUUCAGCCAUCCAGAAUGGGUCAAGUGGCGGCAACCACUUGUUAGAGUGCGGCGGUCUCCGGGAAGGGCGGCCCAACGGGGAGACGCCGGCCGUGGACGUGGGGGCGGCCGAUCUGGCCCACGUGCAGCAGCAGCAGGCACUUCAAGUGGCAAGACAGCUUCUUCUCCAGCAGCAACAGCAGCAAGUUAGUGGAUUAAAGUCUCCCAAGAGGAAUGACAAACAACCAGCCCUUCAGGUUCCCGUGUCAGUGGCUAUGAUGACACCUCAAGUUAUCACUCCCCAGCAAAUGCAGCAGAUCCUCCAGCAACAAGUGCUGAGCCCUCAGCAGCUCCAGGUUCUCCUCCAGCAGCAGCAGGCCCUCAUGCUUCAGCAGCAGCUUCAAGAGUUUUAUAAAAAACAACAGGAACAGUUGCAGCUUCAACUUUUACAACAACAUGCUGGAAAACAGCCUAAAGAGCAACAGCAGGUGUCUACCCAGCAGUUGGCUUUCCAGCAGCAACUUUUACAGAUGCAGCAGCUACAGCAGCAACACCUUCUGUCUUUGCAGCGCCAAGGCCUUCUAACAAUCCAGCCGGGGCAGCCUGCCCUUCCCCUCCAACCCCUUGCUCAAGGCAUGAUUCCAACAGAACUGCAGCAGCUCUGGAAAGAAGUGACAAGUGCUCAUACGACAGAAGAAACCACGGGCAACAAUCACAGCAGUUUGGAUCUGACCACGACAUGUGUCUCUUCCUCUGCACCUUCCAAGACCUCCUUAAUAAUGAACCCACAUGCCUCUACCAACGGACAGCUGUCAGUCCACACUCCCAAAAGGGAAAGUUUGUCCCAUGAGGAACAUCCCCAUAGCCAUCCUCUGUAUGGACAUGGCGUAUGCAAGUGGCCUGGCUGUGAAGCAGUGUGUGAAGAUUUCCAAUCAUUUCUAAAACAUCUCAACAGUGAGCAUGCGCUGGACGAUAGAAGUACAGCCCAAUGUAGAGUACAAAUGCAGGUUGUACAGCAGUUAGAGCUACAGCUUGCAAAAGACAAAGAGCGCCUGCAAGCCAUGAUGACCCACCUGCACGUGAAGUCUACGGAACCCAAAACUGCCCCUCAGCCCCUGAAUCUGGUAUCAAGUGUCACACUCUCCAAGUCUGCAUCAGAGGCUUCUCCACAGAGCUUACCUCAUACUCCUACGACCCCCACUGCCCCCAUCACUCCCGUCACCCAAGGCCCCUCCGUCAUCACCACCACCAGCAUGCACACGGUGGGACCCAUCCGCAGGCGGUACUCAGACAAAUACAACGUGCCCAUCUCUUCAGCAGAUAUUGCGCAGAACCAAGAAUUUUAUAAGAAUGCAGAAGUUAGACCACCAUUUACAUAUGCAUCUUUAAUUAGGCAGGCCAUUCUCGAAUCUCCAGAAAAGCAGCUAACACUAAAUGAAAUCUAUAACUGGUUCACACGAAUGUUUGCUUACUUCCGGCGUAAUGCUGCCACAUGGAAGAAUGCAGUGCGUCAUAAUCUUAGUCUUCACAAGUGUUUUGUGCGAGUAGAAAACGUUAAAGGGGCAGUAUGGACAGUGGAUGAAGUAGAGUUCCAAAAACGAAGGCCACAAAAGAUCAGUGGUAACCCUUCCCUUAUUAAAAACAUGCAGACCAGCCACGCCUACUGUACACCUCUCAAUGCAGCUUUACAGGCUUCGAUGGCUGAGAACAGUAUACCUCUAUACACUACCGCUUCCAUGGGAAACCCCACUCUGGGCAACCUAGCCAGCGCCAUACGGGAAGAGCUGAAUGGGGCGAUGGAGCAUACCAACAGCAACGAGAGCGACAGCAGCCCGGGCAGAUCCCCUAUGCAAGCCGUGCAUCCUGUACAUGUCAAAGAAGAGCCCCUGGAUCCAGAGGAAGCUGAAGGGCCGCUAUCCCUAGUGACAACAGCCAACCACAGUCCAGAUUUUGACCACGACAGAGAUUACGAAGACGAACCAGUAAAUGAGGACAUGGAGUGAACAUCUGGGCAGGCCGACCCCAAGAGCGCGAAGAUUGCGGGGGGGGGGGCACACAAAACAAAACACGUCAAAAGUUUGCAGUGAAAUCGUUCUCCAUUGGUUGUACAGUCUGGAGGAUUUUUCACUACAUUUUGACAACUCUGCAAUGUGUUAACUCUUAGUGCCAUCAAGAAUCCCAUUUGGGAGUAUUUUUGAUUUUUCUACUUUUUGUUGAAAAAAGGAAUUUGUACUCUGUGCAUUGGAUGGACUUGUUUGGUACUGGGGAUUUUCCUCUCUUAACAGUCAACAUCAGUGUUGUAAAUUUGCUAAACUGAUUCACUUUUAGCAGCAGACUUUGAACUGCAGUCCUGCCGACAUUGGACAUUGAGGACACCCAACUGAGCAUGUGCACCUAAGCUGCAGACCAAGCCUCUGCCCAGAAUUUAAGGAUUCCAAUGGACGACCUAUUUGCACAGUACUGCAUGUUGAUUAUCACUGCCUUUACUCCAUUUUUUUUUUUUUUUUUUUUUUUGCUUCCAGUUGGGAUGGGGAAGGCCUUUGUGUGUGUAUUGGGGGGAGGGUUUAAAAAUAAUUAUCCCAAACUUUUUAAUGUAUUGCUCUUUUUUUUUUUUUUUGGCUUCUCCUAUACCAUUUUAAGUUCUGACCUCAGGCCUCCAUUCGGGCCCACGGCCUCUUGGAGGCUUCAAGUUUUCUGUACCUUGUGAUGAAUGUUAAUAGGUGUUUUUAUUAUACGAAGCUGAAUGUCAUUUCUCGUUCGUAGUUUUCUGUCACUCAUUCCAUGUCCCUUCAGACAUCACCACUGUUUUCUCGAAAGUCAGAAAACAUUCCGUUUUGAUCUUUUGCAAAAAGGUCCCAAAUGCUGCACUCUACACGUGAAGGUCCUCUCACCCAGACGUGAAGUUCCUGCCAGAAAGAGAAUGAAUGACAGAAAAAAAAAAAAAAAUAGAGACACCCUAGGAACCAUGCAGAUUCAUUCCAUGAAGCAGUAUUGGAAGGUUCGGGAAGGGGGUUGUUUCAGAUUUUCCUCUUUUUUUUUUUUUUUUUUUUUUUUAUGUUGCACCUACCAUCAUUCUUAAUAAAUGCCACAGCAUUUACCAGCACAAGGAGACAUAGGCAGCAGCCCCCUUACCCCCAAACCAGAAAAAAACAAAAAAAAACCUCUCGCAGUAGUUCGACUGACAGUGGCUGUGGAAGCCCGUCCCUGGGAUGACCUAGUUGAGAUGGGGGCCUCAGGCUCUCGCAGUUGUUAAAACCAGUGUGGGUUGCUUUGUUUGCAAAAUGGCCCAAAAGCUGGCUUCCCUGAGCAACUGUGCUGAAAGUGGUGGUGGCCCCAAACCGAAACAUCCAUUCAGACCUGCUGGGUGGCAUUCAUCUGUUUGAAUGCAAAUUAGAUUUCAGAUUGAACUUGCUAUGCGAGUUAAUGAGGACUUCGUUCAGCAAAUGCUAAAGUGUUAAUUUCCAAUGUGCAGAUUUGGUACAGCAGUUCAGCACGUGAGGCAAUAUCACCCCACCAACCCAGUCUCAAAAACCAACAGCAGAAGACAUCAGGUAGAUGGGGGCACAGCUCAGCCCUGGGCUUUUGGGGAAACAAACAUGGCGCACAGAACAUGGCAGUCAUGGGUCAGUACCGCCUCGGUCCUUGGAACCCCUGAACGCUUCCACUCUGCACCCCUUUCCUGUCACUCAUUUAUUUACCUAGGAGUGUAGCUUUUGUUUUAGUUUAAGAGCCUUUUGGAGCUUAAUUUAUAUGCUUUGUACCUCUUUUUUUUUUUUUUUUCCCCCUAAAAUUACCAAAGAUAUUCCACAAAGGUAAAUUAUGUUCUGUUUUUAUGCUUUAUCUGAUGAAGCCAAAUAUCCUCUUCUUGUUGAUCAAAGGAGGCAAAAUAAUUUAGAGGCAAUUGAUGAGAUAUAGGCUAUUGCUAACUUAAGAGUUAACUGCUUCUUCAUCAUAGAGGACAUUUAGAAGACCAAGUAGAUAAUGGAACCAAAGUUGUUACUUUUUUUUUUUUUUUUUCAGUCCUCGGUUUUGGUUUUGGUUUUGGUUUUUUCCUUCUGUACCUCUACAGAGACCAAAACACAAUCUUGUAAAGAGAACUUAUGGGGCUACUGAAGAGAGAAAUAGGACACAGUAUUAAGGGAGCAAUAGAAGGAAGGGAUUACCAUCUCCAAGAAAAAAAAACCAGUGUAUGGCACAUGAAACUUAGGGGGUGUCCGUCUAGGAGACAGUUAAGAUAAAAUGAAGGUAAAAUUCAGAGAGAACGGAACAGCUUCCACAAUUGAACUAGACCGCGUAGUAGGAUUUCUAGAAGACAUUUCUUUUUCAAAGAAAGAUUGUAUGCCGCUUUCGUUUAAGGACUGUGCUAUGAUCACUGCAUUCAUUUGGGUUUAUCUUGGCAUAUGUAUAUCCUCUGGGUUUUUGUUUUUGUUUUUUUUUUUAAAAAGGUUUCCUUCUUUUCCUUCCUUUUUUCCGGAUUAGGCUUGCGUCAGCAUUUUUCAUUUAAAAAAAAAAAAAAAAAAAAGUAACAUUCCCGUCCACUCACAAGCUUGGUACAAAAACUUCUUUGGCAGUUACUUUUGAAGCUUCACACUGCUUUCUCUAUAAAGAGCAGUCUGUGGUCACUCGAGACUUACUUUUUUUUUUUUUUUUUUCAACUUUUCCAGGCAGCGUCAUGAUGCACAAGCAGUAGCCAGAGAGGGUCAUGGGAAGGGGGCCCUGUGCUUCUAAACUGAGUGGUUGCUGGUUAGUUUGGUAUUCAAAAGAGGAUAAAAAUCUGGUAGAUUAGUUCAUUCUCAGCAUGUGUAGCUAGACAUGAGUAAAGUUAACAGCAUGAGAAACUGUUAGUACGCAUACCUCAGUUCAAACCUUUAGGGAAUGAUUAAAAUUUAAAAAAAAAAAAUACAUUUCACUCAGUUGCACUUAGUCGUAUGUCUUGCAUGCUUAGUCUAAAGACUGUAGCAAAAAGAAAAAAAAAAAAAGAAAAAUUAGCUUUUACAUAUCUUUGCAGGUAUCACAGCCUUGCAGAAGAACCAACUGAAAAAAAAAAAAAAUUUCUCAGGCUUUACAGCAAGCAAACUUCACUCUGAUUUUUCCAAUUCUGAUUCUGUAUCCCUUGGGGGUAUCCCAGUUGCUUCUUUAGGAUGGGGUUUAUUAUGUUGUACAUAUAUCCCGAUGUGUCUGUGUGACUCUUUGUCUUUUUUGGGGGAGGGCGGAGGGUGGUUCUUUUUUUAGAUAUUGUUCCUAAAAAGGAAUAAAUGCAUACACCUGUUUGUCAAAACA